AUGGCAGACGCUUGCGCAGGAUUACAGUCCAUUGUCCGAGCCUUCGUCGUCGCAGGCUCACCCGUCGCAGGUUCCGCCAUCUCAGCCAGCUCUGCCUUUGCAGCCUCUGCCGAGCCAGGCUCCGCCGUCCCAACCCUCAUUUGCCCAUUCCACAAAUCAUCCGCUUUCCGAUGCGGAAAGAGGAGAGCGGUACCGUCAAGAACUCUUUGCCCAGUGUGCGGACGGCAAACAUGA